AUGGAAAGAAUAUGCGAUGCAUUAAUGAUUUGCGAAAAAGCAUUGGGCACUUCGCAAUUUAAAAUUUGGCAAAUUCCGGGCCAAUCUCUCUAUUCCAAUGGGAUUGUAGCCGGAACGAUUCAAAGCACUUCGGAGAACAGUGGAAACAAUAUAAUAUGGGAAGGCAGCUUUCUUUCUUUAUACGCUAAAUUCAGGAAAAAGUUUCAUCAUGACCAAGGUCAUCGAGAUUGCGGAGAAAAGGCCCAAGACGAGGGAAGUUUUCCCGUCUGCGGGGACAGAGCAACUGGUUAUCACUAUGCAGCAACAACUUGCGAGCAAGAAGAUGUAAGAAGAAAAAGAAAUAACCAGCAAGCACUUAAAACAAUUGCUGUACCUCAGUCGAACUCUGAACUGCCGUUUGCUGCUGGAAUCAGUGAAUAG